UAUUUUGUGUAAAAGUCAGUCCUCAUGACUUCUUGCAUCUGUGUGUUGUUUUUCAAGGAUCUUAAGGAGCCUACGUGGAAGCAGUGGAGAGAGUUCCUGGUCAAAUACUCCUUCCUUCCAUACCAGCUGAUUGCCGAGUUUGCUUGGGACUGGCUGGAGGUCCAUUACUGGACAUCACGGUUUCUCAUCAUCAAUGCUAUGUUACUCUCAGUUCUGGAAUUGUUUUCCUUUUGGAGAAUCUGGUCGAGAAGUGAACUGAAGACUGUGCCUCAGAGGAUGUGGAGCCACUUCUGGAAAGUAUCAACGCAGGGGCUUUUUGUGGCCAUGUUCUGGCCCCUCAUCCCUCAGUUUGUUUGCAACUGUUUGUUUUACUGGGCCCUGUACUUUAACCCAAUUAUUAACAUUGAUCUUGUGGUCAAGGAACUCCGGUGGCUGGAAACCCAGGUGUUGUGACUGGCACUGCCCAGGCUGAGACUCUUCUUCAAGUCCCGCUGACGUCUGAGCCUUGACGCUUAAGAGGGGUGAGGCAGGGAGCAGACUUCCUAUUUUCUACCCCCAGUAAAACAAGGUGCUGCUUUGUAUGUCAAACGCUCCAACCAUGUCCUCUCCCCGUCGGCCUGUGGGUGGUAUCAGCAGGGACUGACAUCCGCGCAGGGAGGAUUGUCUGUUUGGCUGACACAGCAGCAGCCCUUCCCACCCAGCCGCCUUCCUCACAGGGACUAGGAGGCUCAGUCCCCGACGGCUGGCAAGACUCAGGGUUCUCAGUGGACACAGUGUGGGUGACAUCAUAAGGGUGCCACAUCAGUCCCCUCCCCAACCUCAGUGACUGACAGAGGAUCCUAGAUCUCAGAGCCCGAGACCAGGCUUACUGGGGCCCGGCCUGUCCUCUAAGUCAAGUUUAGGAAAACAAGGAUAAGAUUCUGUCAUAGGUAUGGAGUGUUGCACAUAAAAAGUACCGAAGAACACCCAAAAUUCAAUCAACAAUUCUGUCUUAUUGAAGAGUUGCUAGGAUUCAGAGUAAAACUCAAAGGAUUCAGUUUGAACCUAGAAUGAUGGUUAGACUUGUAGUCACUGGACUUGUUACUGUUUUGCUUUAUGGAAAUCAUUGAAGGUCUGGAUCCCUUUCUCUGAAUGGAGAGAUUGAGAGAGAUGUCGGGCAGUUCCCAUUAGAUUGAGUGGCCUCCGUGUUAUUUAAAAUUGUUUUGGCGAUGCCUCACCCCUGUAAUCCCAGCACUUUGGGAGGGUGAGGCAGGCAGAUUACUUGAGGUCAGGAGUUCAAGACCAGUCUAGCCAACAUAGUGAAACCUCGUCUCUACUAAAAUACAAAAAUUAGCCAAGUGUGAUGGCGUGCACCUGUAAUACCAGCUACUUGGAAUUGGGAAUCGCCUGAACCCAGGAGGUGGAGGUUGCAGGGAGGGAGACUGCACCACUGCACUCCAGCCUGGGUGACAGAGGGAGAUUCUGUCAAAAAAAAAAAAAAAAAUUCGUCUGUAAAAUAAAUUCCAGGAUAGUCCUUUUGUUCAAGGAAAUAUUUUAUAAAUUGACCUCACACUGUAUAAUCUUUAUUGUCCUAUCCUGAUGUAUAACACAGCAGGUAUAAUUACACCAAGUGCUAUAAUUGUAAAUAUGGAAUGAGGUGAACUAUGGCCUUUUUUUCCUUCCAAUGUGAACACAGCAGGUGUGAGAUGUCAUCUCGGAAGACUGGCCUUGCAGAAAUAGGCCUACAUCCGAAAUAUUCUCUUGUGACUGCGUGAACCAUUAAUUAACCCUUUGUAUCUUUGAGUGAAGAUUUUACUCAAACGUUGCAUCUGGAAGUUUGAA